AGUAGAAGGCUGACCGCGAGCCGUGCUAUUCAAUGAGAUGCGUGCUACUCCUUAUAAAGAUAGGAACGGCCCCGAACGUAAACCUUAGCAGUACUCAUUUGUAGUGUGACGUGUAGUGCUUACGUUUUCGGUCAACAAAAAUGGCGUCAGUGUUGCAAGCUGCCCUUCUUACAACCUGCGUUCUCUUGCCCAUCCUGCUGGCAAGCGGCUACAGACAUAAAGUUCGUGAGGGACCCGGACAACGUGAGUCGUGCGAUAGACAGUUAAAGCAGAGGAACGAUGCCUUGGAAAUGGCUCUUGCCCAGAUCAGGACCAAAGUGAACGAAUUGCUGAAGUCUACGUACGUUCGUCAACUAAGCAGGAGCUACGCGAAAAAGACUUUCCACUUCCCGUAUGUACUGAGUCACAAGAAGGCCCUUGUGAAUGUUGCCAAGAAGUUCCAGGGCUCCGACAAGCACUUCUGAUCCGGUCCCUACGGAAGCGAGACAGUAUCUGUCACUCGUUGCUAACAUUGUUGUUCCCUGAACGAUGACCCCCACGACCGAUUAAUAGUUUUCUAGUGUUUUGUGAAUAAAUGGCACUUUUAAGAAUUAC